CGUGUGGCAUGUGGCAACCAACUUAAACAAAAACAGUUCGAGCAAGAAAUGAAAGAGUAAAAGGUUUUGAAGUAAUGUGAAUAUACAAAUUAUUUAGGACUUUAUUCUACUUACACACAAAAUUACUUCAGAUGGAUGACAAUAGUCCGAUGUUGUGUGGUGUCGAUGCCAUCCAUGUGGCCACUGUGUUUGAAGACUGCGUCGACCAGCUGUCCAUCCUCGGCCGAAUCAUGCCACCAUCAUUCCAGAUGAGACAUGACGUGUCAGAGAUGGUCAAUAAUGAGAUCAAUGCUCUGGUUGAGAGCCAACGUGAGCUGGAAGGGAAAUACCAGAGUGUGCUGGUGAAGAAACUCAACGUCAAACACUCCACCAAGAAUGCAUCCAAGCUGUCAGAGGUCGAGUCGGAGGUCCUUGACACGGGUCGCGACCUCAAGAACAGCACGCACGUGUUUGGUCGCAGUUUGAGGCAGAAUCCACUAACAGGCGACAACAUUUCAAAGAUUCAGGAUGACAGACUGUUUGUGGAACAUGUGAUGGUGGACUCGAUGGGCGAACUCAUACAGAACUGUUCCUUCCAGGCUCUGAUCGACGCAGUCCGCGCAGAGAAGGACAGGAAGGCAACCUUACAACAGACAAUACAGAAAGAGGAAGACGGCCGUAAGCGGGUGCGCCAGCUGCAGAAGGAGCUGCAGGACGUGAAGCGCGAGAAGGAGCAGGAGGUCCGCGACCGGAACGAGCGCAUCGCUCAUCUCAAGGACCAGUUGCAGGAGACGAAGGCCAAGACCAACAUGGAGGGCAAGUACAUCAAGAAGUCAGCCGAGGUGGCUGUCGCGCAGACGCAGAAACGAUCCUACCUCGCCGAGAAGGAGAUGAAGGAUGAGAUUCUGAAACUCCAGCGACAGAUAGAUGCUGAAGAUCGAGCUAACAAUGAAAUAGAAUCGUAUUUGAGGACUCACCACGCAGACCUGUCUAAGAAGGUGGAGUACUGGAUGGAGAAGUACGACAAAGAUGUGGAGGCCAAACAGAAAGAGCUCGACGUGUUGAAGGCGUCCAAAUCGAAGGAUCUCGAGAGACUCCAGGAGCUCACCAAACUGUACAAGGAGUAUGAGCAGGUGGUCGUGGAAGACCGGAUAGCCAAGGAGAAGGAGAGGAGGCGGGCAGAGCUGGAUCUCAUAGAGCUGAAAGGGGCCAUCAGGUUACAAGCUUGGUGGCGUGGAACUAUGGUCCGCAAAGGAUUUGGUCCAUACAGUAAGAAAAAGAAGAAGGGUAAAAAGGGAAAGAAAGGCAAAAAAGGAAAGAAGAAGUAGACUGACUUUUAUCUUGAUUUCGUCAGUAUUCAGGAAUGGAAAAAAAGAAAAACUUGAUUGUUUCUGGAUUUUUUUUGUUCUACCUGCAAGCUGUUUCUGCAAUUGGUCUGUUAUGAAAGGAUCACAGUAGCCUUCCUUCUUUUCAAGACCGAGCAAAGUUUUCCAGAAUUUUGGUUCACCAUUAUUUUCAUUCCUGAGUAUUGUUUUUUCACCUUCGUAACUGUGAUAUUGUAUUGUACAAAGUUUAAUAAAUAUAUAUCUUGAGUAGUAAAAAUGUACAUAUUUAAA